AUGGAUAUGGAUGACAUCCAAUUAUUUUCUCCUUUUGAUGGUUUGAUAUGUAUUGGAUAUGGUUUGCAUGUUAUUCUAUAUAACCCAUCGACUAGAGAAUCUCAAUUGUUGCACAAUCAACCUCAUCUUUCAAGAUUAGAAAUUGGUUUUAGGGUGGUUCGUAUUCUGGAUGUUUGGUUCGAAACCAGCACUAAGAAACAUUACAAAGUCUUUAUGAUGGCUAUUUCGAGUGGCUUCUGCAAGAUCGAGACAUACGAUUCAACUGUGAAUAGUUGGAGAUUAAGCAACACUAUAUUUGGAAGGGUAUUUCGUAUUAAAUCCUUGUUAUUGAAUGGAAUUGUCCACUUUUGUAUGGAAAGGGAUUCGGUUUCUGUGAUUGUCACAUUUGAUGCAAGAUUGGAAACCUUUAGACAACUUGAAUUCCCUCCAUCUACUUCUGAUUACAACAUGGAUUCGGACCUGUUGUCGUUUUACGGAAAUCUUUCAUUUUUAAGACCGGUAACUGUUGAUCACAAAACGAUGUGGGGUGAGAUAUGGGUAAUGACUGAAUAUGGGGUGAACGAGUCUUGGAAAAAGAUAUACUCUAUUCCAUUUAAUGGUUUUAGUUUGUUCUUUCUAUCUUUAUUUCGACCGUUAAAGUUUUGGAAGAACAUGGAAGGGCAGAAUGAGUUGUGGCUGAAAACCAUUGAUAAUAAGAUCUUGGUUGUAAAUCUUGAUACACACAAGUUUACCAAUUUGGAAUUGGACUGCUUAAAUGACAAAUUGUGGAAGAUUGUCUCUAAUAAUGUUGAGAGUUUACUUUCUCUAAAAUAA